GUAAAAUGUAGAGGGUAAAUAUAUUAUUAAUUUUAAUACCUAUAAUGGAGAACAGAUGUGUCUUACACUUGCUACCAUAAACAUCUCUUUCUAUUGAAAAUUAAUUUUCAAGAUAAAAUGAACUAAGUGACUCAUUAAGCAGUUAAGGAACUAAUAAUUAGGGUGAAAUGUCAUUUACUUAAAACGUAAUAAACAUACUUACUAUGAAUAGGAAUAAAGCAAGAAGUCUUUAGCAACUAAAAAGAAAAUCAGCAAAGACUUGCCUUAAAAUAUAAAAAAAAAUUAAGGACAUUGGACUACUAAAGAACAUCAAAUAUAUGUUGAGUUCCUAAAACAACACCAUAAUACAACUAUGCAAAAUCAACAAAACAGAAAAAAUAACAAAAUCUUCAAACUCAUGUCAAUGACUAUAGGGACAAGAUCUCCAUCUUAAUGCAGGUAUUUAGAAUUUAGAUAUAAAGAUCACAUCAUUAAAAAUUUAAUCCUUUCACACCUGCUGGAUAAAAGAGAAAUAAGAAAAAUAAGAAGAGAAUCAGUAAUUAUCAUGUUCAUUAAUUUAGAUGACGAAAACAAUGAAUUUGCCAUCCAAGUCUAAGAAUAUUUCACCCCUGAGAUUAAAUCUCAAAUAAGUAUCAAUUAAUUAUUAUAUUAGAUCCUUGUCACUUCGAUUACUUAUCCAACUAUGAAGACUCUCGUCCUUAGUUACAAAACUUUUGUUGUAAUUCUAAUUAUGAAAGCAAUUGCUAUAAUGAAUACAAUUGUAAUUAGUAUUUAGAAGAAAUACUUGAUUGA